AUGGAGGUUACUCCAUCCCCUCCAGCGCUCGAUCAAGUUGUGCGAAAUUCGGCGAAGCGAACCCGCGAUCUCUUCGGCUCCGAUUAUCUUUUACCCUCAGGAUUCACCGCAAAUCUCGGCGACUCGAUUGGUGUGUCAUAUCGACGAAAAGUAGAGUACGAUGAUGUGCAAACGCUCCCCCCUUCCCUUGCUGAGAAGCAGGCAAAGGCAACAGCGAGCAGAACGAAACGCCCGAAGGCAAGGACUGGUGCUGGCAUUGCUGGUACCGGGACAGAAACAUCUGGCUCUUCAACUGCCCUCGUGAAAUCUUCACCGGUGGCUGGCUCACAACAAUCCAAUGGAGAUAAUUUGCCUACGAGUCUUGUACGGCGUCCGAUGGUAUCUCAACAGCCAAAACCAGAAUGGCACGCGCCCUGGAAGCUUAUGCGAGUGAUAUCGGGACACUUGGGUUGGGUCCGCAGUUUGGCGGUGGAACCUAAUAAUCAGUGGUUUGCAAGUGGUGCAGGAGAUCGAACAAUUAAAAUAUGGGAUUUGGCAACUGGCAGCCUUCGUUUGACCCUUACCGGCCACAUAUCUACGGUGCGAGGUCUGGCAGUGUCUCCACGACAUCCAUACCUUUUCUCUUGCGGUGAGGAUAAGAUGGUCAAAUGCUGGGAUCUCGAAACAAACAAGGUCAUCCGACAUUACCACGGCCAUCUAAGCGGUGUCUACACCCUCGAUUUACAUCCCACUCUCGACGUCCUCGUAACAGGAGGACGAGACGCCGCCGCUAGAGUGUGGGACAUGCGAACACGCAGCAACGUCCACGUGCUUUCCGGACAUAGAACAACCGUCUCAGACCUGAAAUGUCAAGAAGCUGACCCACAAGUCAUUACCGCCUCCCUUGAUUCAACCGUUCGGAUGUGGGACCUGGCCGCAGGCAAAACCAUGGGCGUCCUAACCCACCAUAAAAAAGGGGUUCGAGCGUUGGCUGUCCAUCCGAAGGAAUUCACUUUCGCCAGUGCCAGCGCCGGAAGCAUUAAACAGUGGAAAUGUCCCGAAGGCGCCUUCAUGCAGAAUUUCGAGGGCCAUAAUGCCAUCAUCAAUAAUCUUGCGGUCAAUGAGGAUAAUGUAUUGUUCUCUGGUGGCGACAAUGGCUCCAUGUCCUUCUGGGACUGGAAGACUGGCCAUCGAUUCCAGUCUCUGGAUACAACUGCUCAACCCGGUUCAUUGGAUGCGGAGGCUGGUAUUAUGGCUGCUACGUUUGAUCGGACCGGCCUCCGAUUGCUCUGUGGAGAGGCUGAUAAAACUAUUAAGAUCUGGAAGCCGGACGACGAGGCGACAGAAGAGACGCAUCCGUUGGAUUGGAAGCCGACAUUAGGGAGACAGAAAUAUUAA